AUGUCUAAUCGUGGAUCACAAAAUAAUCGCAGACGUGGUAAUCGUAGAGUUCCUACAGAUGAUGAAGAUGCCAGAAAUUCUCAAAACGAAGUAGAUGUUCCAGAACAAUUUGAAGAGUUGUAUGGUAAUGAGGCUGAAGAUGAGCCUGUAAUUGAUGAUGGUGAAGAUGGUGAAGAUUUAUUUGGUGAUAAUUAUGAGGAUGACUAUCAAGAAAAUCCUGAAUUAGAUCAACUUUCUUUAAGUGGUGUAGAUGAUGAAGAACAUGAAGAAUUGGAUAUUGGUGAAAGAAGAAAUAUUGAAAGACAAAUGAACAUUCGUGAUGGAAGAAUUGCUGAUUUUGAUUUUUUGGAAAGUGGUUCAACUAUUGGAGAAGCACUUGAUUACAAUCGUACUCGACGUGCUAAUGUUGAUGAUGCUGACGUUGAUAUGCUUGAUUCUGUUGAACAUGCACCAGCUAUAGAUAUUGAAAAUAUGAGAGGAAGAACAGCUACACAACAUUGUUCUGAUCCUGCUGUACAAAAAGAAAUAAAAUACCGUUUUACUCAAUUUUUAAGGUUUUUCACUGAUAGUGAUGGAUUUUCAAAAUAUUUUGAUGCAAUAAAAGCUAUGGUUGCUGAAAAUAAAACAUCUAUUCGUGUUUCUUUUGAUGAUUUAGAAAGUGAUAAAGGUGAACUUGUCAUAGCAUACUAUAUUCCUGAAGCUCCUAAUGUAUUGUUACCUUUACUUAAUGAGGCUUUAACAGAUUAUGUCUCUCAAAAUUAUUCAUAUUUUGCAAAAGAAGGAAGACAAUUUGAAGUUAGAUUUGAUGACAUGACAAUCUUUGAAGAUUUGAGGACACUUCGUCAACAUCAUCUAAAUACUUUAUUGAAGACAACAGGUAUUGUUACUAUAACCACUGGAAUUUUACCUAGGCUUGCUGUUAUAAAAUAUAAUUGUAAAUAUUGUUCAUUUGUCGUUGGACCAUUUGUACAAAGACCAGACGAGGAAGUGAAACCUAAAAGAUGUCCUUCAUGUCAGACAACGGGACCAUUUGAAAUAAAUACUGAAGAAACUGUAUAUCAAAAUUAUCAAAGAAUUACAAUCCAAGAAUCACCAAGUGAUGUAGAAGCAGGACGUCUUCCGAGAAGCAAAGAUGUUGUUCUUACAGGAGAUCUCUGUGAUACUUGUAAACCUGGUGAUGAAGUUAUUGUUCAUGGUGUUUAUACUAACAAUUAUGAUGGAUCAAUGAAUGCUAAACAUGGUUUUCCAGUUUUCAAUACAUUGAUUUUGGCUAAUAAUAUUGUAAAGAAAGAUGAAAUGGAAGGUGAUGGAUUAACUGAUGAAGAUAUAAAUGAAAUAAAAGAACUUUCUAAAGAUCCUCGCAUUGCUGAUAGAAUAUUUGCUUCUAUUGCCCCUUCUAUUUAUGGUCAUGAGGAUAUUAAAAGAGCUAUUGCUUUAAGUUUAUUCCGUGGAAAUGAAAAGAAUCCAGGAGAAAAACAUCGUAUUCGUGGAGAUAUUAAUGUUUUAUUGUGUGGAGAUCCUGGUACAGCUAAAUCUCAAUUUCUUAGGUAUGCUCAACAUAUUGCUCCAAGAGCAGUUCUAACAACUGGACAAGGUGCUUCAGCUGUUGGUUUGACAGCUUAUGUUCAAAGACAUCCAGUAACCAGAGAAUGGACACUUGAGGCUGGUGCUAUGGUUCUAGCUGAUCGUGGUGUAUGUUUAAUUGAUGAGUUUGAUAAAAUGAAUGAUCAAGAUAGAACUUCUAUCCAUGAGGCUAUGGAACAACAAAGUAUUUCUAUUUCAAAAGCUGGAAUCGUUUCGUCCUUACAGGCAAGGUGUACUGUUAUUGCUGCAGCCAAUCCAAUUGGUGGUCGAUAUGAUUCAUCUAGAACUUUUGCUGACAAUGUUGAUUUGACAGAACCUAUCUUAUCUCGUUUUGAUAUUUUAUGUGUAGUACGUGAUAUCCACAAUUCUGUUGAAGAUGAAAAACUUGCAAAGUUUGUUAUUGGUAAUCAUAAAAAGCUUCAUCCUGAUAAUUCUGAUGAUGAAGAAGAGAACGAUGAAAAUGUUCCACUUAUUGAUGAAAAAAGUGGACUUAAAAUUAUUAAACAAGGUUUACUUAAAAAAUAUAUUAUGUAUGCAAGAGAAAAAAUCCAUCCAAAACUUGAAGGUGUACCUUACGAAAGAAUUUCCAAUCUUUUUGUUGAUAUGAGAACUCAAUCUAAAAUUACAGGAUCUGUAGCUAUAACAGUUAGACAUGUUGAAUCAAUGAUUAGGAUGGCUGAAGCUCAUGCUAAAAUGCACUUAAGACAAUAUGUAAAUGAAGAUGAUGUCAACACAGCUAUAAACGUUAUGUUCCAGUCAUUUGUUGAGACACAAAAAGUAUCCGUUAAAAGAGAAAUGAAGAAAAUCUUCUCUAAACAUCUUAAUUUAAAAUCAAAAAUUGGUGCUUAUUAA